AUGGAGACGAGCAGCCCGAGGAUGACGGGCGGAACUCGCGAGGCGCCGGUGAACUCCUCCCCGGCGGUGGCGGCCAACGCGGAGGGCGAGGAGAUCGAGGUUUUGGAAAGUACCGACGUCCUUCCAGUGGCUCCAGAGGACCAAUGGAAGUCUCUGUUUGACAAGUAUGAUCCAGAGAAUUCGGGCUUCAUCAGUACAGAGCGGUUCAGGGACCUGCUGGCGACACACGGCUCUGAGCUUGACCCCCACAAACUAGAAGUCCUAUUGGCCCUCGCUGAUGGCAACGCUGAUGGAAAAAUCUGCUACCAGGACUUUGUGAACCUGAUGAGUAACAAGCGUUCCAACAGUUUCCGGAGGGCCAUUCUGCAGGGGAGCAGGCAGCUCAAAGGCUGCAGUCUCAGAGAUGAGGUCGGCCUGGGGCUCUCUCAACGGCUGGUCCGACACGUUGCCUAUGAGACACUUCCCCGCGAGGUUGACCGCAAGUGGUACUUUGACAGCUAUACCUACUGUCCCCCGCCGUUGCUCAUCCUGGCUAUCACCAUUGCUGAGGUAGCCGUUUUCAUGUACUACGGGUUCCAGCUGGACCGCGUGGUCCUUCAGGUGUCCAGCCCGUCAUUCCUAAAGAGCCCCUUACCCUACCAUCCCCAGCUACGAGCCCAGGCCUGGAGGUAUCUCAGCUACAGUUUCAUGCACACUGGCAUUGAACACCUAAGCUUGAACAUGGCCAUGCAGCUGCUGGUGGGAGUCCCUCUAGAAAUGGUCCACGGAGCCCUGAGGAUCGGACUGGUCUACGUGUGUGGUGUGCUGGCAGGGUCUCUGGCGGUGUCCGUCACGGAUAUGACGGCUCCAGUGGUCGGGUCAUCCGGGGGAGUGUACGCCCUGGUCUCGGCACACUUGGCAAAUGUUGUAAUGAACUGGUCGGGAAUGAAGUGUCAGUUUAAGUUAUUCCGGAUGGCCAUGGCUCUGGUGUGCAUGAGUGUAGAGUUUGGUCGGGCGGUGUGGUUGCGGUUCUACCCUCCGGCCUUUCCUCCGUGCCCUAACCCCAGCUUUGUAGCCCACCUGGGAGGGGUGAUGGUCGGUCUGACGCUGGGCGUGGUGGUCCUGCAGAACUACGAGCAGCGACUCCAGGAGCAGUCGCUGUUUUGGAUCUUUUUCUGUGUCUACACCUUGUUUGUGCUGUGCGCUGUCUUCUGGAACAUUUUUGCCUACAGCUUGCUUGACGUGCGACUGCCCCCGCCACCAUGACUGGCCCAUUAGUAGCAGACAAGAUACUGUAUCCCCCUGUAUUCCUCCCUCAGUAGAUGCCUGACCGCCUGGCUGGAUGAGUCACCACACCCCUCAUAUUAUGAGCUUCAUCGUGAGGUGAUCAGACUCGUCUAAUAGCCACCUUCCUCCUACAUCCAGUGCUCUGAUACAGGGAUAACUGACUUGCAGCAGUCCUCUUUCUUGGUCUCCUCGUACAUUUUUCAACCCACCUCCUACCUUUUUGGGUUAAUCCUUACCUUCGUUCCCGCUUACCAUGCAAGCUAACCUCCACCAGCUCUUUGUCUUCAUCUCUGUUGGAUGCUUGUCUCAAGAGUAUCAGCCAGUGGGACUUUUGUUGACAACACAGUGUUGACAAAUGAGAAGCCUUGGAUCUAACACAACAGGAACAAGCAGGAGCAGUCUUGUCCACUUGGCUUAACCUUCUCUGCCUCUUCCUCCCCAGUCCAACGGUGCCUACUCAUGGAGACGUCAGCCUGAUGAAAGUAUUUCUGCACAGUUGCCUCUUGUGUAGGGUGACAGCAGUAAAAACCCUGCAGUGUAAACUUUCGGACAAAAUAAUUUCCUGAAAUCCUUUUAUCUGCCUGUGCCCUCUUCAUUAGUAAAUGAAGGAUAAGGUCAUAUGAGAAUUUAGGCUUAGUUGGUGUUUUGUCACCAUGGCAAGCAGCUCAUAAGCGAUACACAUGAGAGGUACACAUAAGACUGCAGGAUUGCUUAACCUCUCCAAGUUUCACAUUAUAGAGAGAGCAUGGAGCAUAUAGACUACAGCAACCCUCAAAUUCACCCUUGUGAAUUUACCUUUGAAGUAAACUGUGGGUUGUUAUUCAGUGUUGCCUUCAGCAUUUGGCACUUCCCCAGACAAGGAUUAAUUUGUGAUCAGUGCUAUUUGAACCUCACACUUUUAUUGUGUGUGUGCAAGGAGUGCAACAAUUGUACCAUUGUGUGUACAGAUAAAAAAAAAAGGAGCAGAAGUGCCAUUCAGACUUUAAGCUUUCAAAAAGGAUGCCAAAAUAUUGCUAUAAGCACCAGGGGAAGAUAACAUCCCCUGACAAGUAUUGCUUUUGUGUGAACAAAAUUAAUCUAAUUUAGUCUGUAAAGAGUCGGUCGAAUGUAACACAAGUUUUUCAUGAUCUCUAAAGAAUUUCUCACUGACACCAUGGGAGCAGCCCAGAAGUGCAGUCAAAUUCUUGUCAUUUUGAUGUCCCCUAUGAGCAUUUGCAGUGACUUUUGCGAUGGUAGAAAAUUGCAAAGAAAUGAGAGAAGUUUAUUUAUUGAUUGGCGAAAGUGGGGUUAGACUUAUGAAAACGAAACCAUUGGGGACAGCUGGGCCAUUCUGAAUAAAUCACGUCUCUUUCUCAUUACCAGUAGUAGAAGAGCACACAUGCCUGACCUCGACUACAUCCGGGCUGGGGUCGUUUCACUCUCAGUUCAGGAGGCAGAGGGUGAAAGAAGCAAAUCAAUGCCCACUGAUUAGUCCCUGUCACAAUUUAAAUUGCUAAUUGAUUGAACUGGGAUAGAGAGCAACACCAGCCCUAAGCUGUAAGUCUCAAACUGUACUGUACUUUAACCUCAUGUUACACUUGUAACUGCUUCGCACAAACAUUAUUAUAAUGUAAUUAACUGCAGAUUAAUAUUUUAACAUGCAUUUGCUGUUGAUUUUAUUUUUCCUUGGUGAGAUUGGUAUAUUGUGUAAAGUGUUUGGUCGGUCUGCAUUGUAAUAUGUUAGCUAUAUCUUGUAUGUAUCCUAUUUAAAAUAUUGGUUAUAAAGAUGGUCUGGGAUUGUACAUAAUAAGGGCUAUGACACAAAACUGA